AUGAUACAGAAUGUGGCCGACGGAAUGGCGAACAUCCUUCAGACUUGUAAGUUCCUCAGCAGCAUUCAGAUCGUCCAGUCGAUGAUGAUUUUCAGCGGAAAAAGUGCGCGGAUGGAAGCUGGUUCAGAAGACGAUUCCGCGGAUUAUCGAGUACGGAAGAUCCGAGGGUAUUCUGCAGGUGAACGUGCAGCAGAAUGCGUUCAAUAUCACUGGAAUUGUGAUUGCGGCUCAAGAGGAGGCGCACACCCAGAAGGAGCCCAAAUCCGGAGACAAAGUGGGUCGAUCUAAUUUCGAAACAUUUAAUAUUCAAUUCUAGGUGAAUCUGCCGACGAACGACAUCACGACAAUGCACGAAGCGAUUCCAUUUCUCCCGGUCCCAGUGGCCAUCACUUGUCUUCUCUUCAAUAUAAUCAUUCCGGGCUCAGGUAAUCAUUAGAAAACGUCAGUUUCCACAAAGCCUCAAAGUUUAGGAACGAUAAUAUCGGGAUUCUCUGCCCUUUGCAUGGGCCAGCCUCGGAUAAACAUGAAAGAAGGCCGCAAACUGAUCACUCUCGUCGUCAACCUGCUCGUCGGCAUUUCCCAAUUCUUCACAAUCACAUUUCUGUUCGUCGGAUGGUUCUGGUCGAUCGCGUGGGGCGGUCUCCUCAUAAUCCAUUCCAGUGGGGUCCAGAUUCGAUUAGAAAUUUCAAACAUUUGAGAAAACUUGCAGUGCAAUACCGAGAAGCCCUUCAACAACGUCGCCAAGAAGCCGUCGCGACGGCAGCCAUAGAAGCGCUCACCAAAGAUUCGAUACUGCAUCGCAGAGAUGUCAAGACUCUUGUGAAAUCACACAAAAAGUCGAAAAAAUGA